AUGGGCUCAGCGCCCUAUGACCCAUCCAGCAAAGGGCAACCUCUGCUAAUGCAGCGCCCCCAAAACUCGGGGAUCGAUAUGACUGGCUUCUCGUUUGCAAAGCCUGCUGCCAAACACAAAGGCUUUUUGUUGCCACCCUCUUCCAAGCAAGGCUUGAUCAAUCUUAAUUCAACCUGGGCUGCAGGUACAGUCGAAGGUCAACAUAAGGGCAGCGGACAGGAUGAACAGUUGCGUACACCAAAGACCCUGCGACAUGCCGAGCCUGAGCCUCAACGUCUCGAAAGCUUCGGUGAGGACGGUACACCACACUGGGAGCAACGUGAUACUUUGCGGACCACUGGACCCAGCAACGGCAAGCAACUGGACACGAUGACCGGGACAGCGAGCCUGAAAAAGGACCAGUCAUCAGGCUUGACAAAUGGACCCAAACCAAGGGUUCACACCAUUCUGCCCGUGGGUUCUAGCAUUCAUAUUGACACUGAGAUCAACACAUCCCGAACAAGUUCAAACCUAUCAGCCCAUGAUCAGCAUGGGCGAACCAGCUCGGGAACCCCGAUUCCACUUGUCUCUCGACCACCGAUCCAUCCCAACAAUGACUGUCGAGUUUUCAAGAGUCGCCGACAGAACCGAAAUGAGGCUCUUCUAGCAAAACAGCAUUCGUUCACGGGUAAAUCGGUCUGUAAACAGCCCACUGAGGAGAGGCUUUUCGAGCUUCUAAUCGGGAAAAUCAGGCAGCGUGAAGAGAAAGAAGCUGCAACUGUCGAGCUCCAGCGUCAGCUGGAAGAACAGAACCUUAGUUUGAAGGACGAGAAUCAAAGAUUGAAGCAUCGACAGGAAGCAGACAAUGAGAAAUUGCUGAAAACGGUUUCAGAGUCAAAUGAUUUCCGGUCCCAGAUGGACCACUGGAAAGAAAAGCUUCGCAGGUUCAAGCAGGUGGUCAACGAAUUGGGUUCCGAACACAACACUCUUCGAGAUGAAGCGAACAAAUUCAAAGUCAUAACUGCAUCGCUUGAAAAAGAAAAAUCUGAUCUUUUGCACGCCAUCCACGAUAUUCGGAUUGAAAUCUCACGCGCAGAGGACAUGAUUGACAAACAGAAAGCCCAAAUGUCAGAAAGUGAAGCACGUUUCUCCGUUCUCCAACAAACCCUGAAAGCUUCGGAGGAAAUGGCUGAAAGUGUCAAAGUGGAGUUGGCCAGCGAGAAAAACCGAUCUGUCAUCCUAGAAUCGUACAUACAGAACUAUGCUCGAACUCAGACCCGGCAGUUACUUCUGAUCAGAGAGGAUCAACGCAAAUUGAUCGAGAGUUUCAAUUCAGGAAUCCAGUCCCAAUCUGAGGAGUCAACCAGCACUAAGGAUGCACUCCUUUCGGAAGUCAGAAUAUGCGCCGACCGACUCUGCACCUCAGUUGAUACCUUGAGCGACAAAUGCACCACGGAGAGAAUGGAGAUCCAGGAUUUUACAAAUACGGUUCACGAUGCAGUUUCUCGGUUGGACACCAUGUCCACCCGUUUCAUUACGAGUGUCGAUACAAGCACUGCAAUCAAUACUAGCGUCUCUGACAAGGUCCAAGGAAAAUUGCAAUUGAUCGAACAACAUCUCGGUUCCGAUUCAACCCUGUUUAAACAGCUUGGUAAGUGCGAGAGCUCCUCUGAAAAUCUGAGGGAUAAUAUCACGGCUAUCGAGCCGACACUGCGCACUCUCGAUAGCUCUGUCCGGUCUUUGACGAACACCGAAAGUAUCCUACUCGAUGGUCUCAGUGGCUUUUGCGAGAAGCUAGCCGAGGCUCAGAUUCAGCCAGCUAGCCUGGGGUUGGAAUUGGAGCUGUCGAACAAGUUUGCCGAGAAUACCGCACUGCAGCUUCGACUUCAGGCGUUGUCACUAGAGGCCGAAUCUCUCCAGCAGCGACUUGGUGAAACCGAGGCGCAAGUCUACACACUCAACCAGUCAUUAACAGAAGCGACGGCAGAGCGCCAGAAACUCGAAGAUCACAGCCACAUAGUUGAAACCGAAAAACUGGCCAUGCAGGGUGAAUUCGCCUUGGGUGAACAAAAGAUUCGACAAGAACUCGACAAGGAGAAGACAAUUGCGACUGAUGAGAUUAGACACGAAUACGAACAAAAACUUCAAACACUUCAGAGAGAAAAGGAGGACCUUGAGAAUGGAUCUGAAGAGGUCCUUGCCCAGCUCGGAGGCGUUCGGGACUCGUUGGUUGAAGCCAAAAGAAUAGUUGACGAACAGCGCAGGGACCGUGAGGCUUUGGCUGAGGAGACUGAGCAGCAGAUUCAAGAGCUCACCGCAUGCUACUCCGAGGCUAUGGCGAGGCUGGAUUCCCAGGCAAUGCAAAUUGAGCAGUAUCAGGUGGUGGAAACCGCAUCCGCCAUCGAGAAAAGUGAUCUUCGGGAGCAACUCAAACAGGCUCAAGAAAAGAAUCAAGAACUUGAGCGCACAUUAACAUUAACAGCCGGAACAACGGACCGGCAAGAACCGUCUGCCAGUAAUAUCGUCCCAUUCGCAACUUUCGGGAACAGAAUGUCACCGGAGAUAGAUCAACAGCCGUACGAUGAUCCAGCUGACUUUGCAAUGCUUUUCAUUACAGAUGAAUCGGCCGCGUCAUCACCCUGUGGAAAAAGCACCAAGCCACUCCCAAGCAAUACUGAACACACUAUAGCAAAAAAAGACUUGCCACGACCAAUGAAGGAAGACAAAGGCAUCUUCGACAUUCCGGGAAAUACAGACCAACCCCAAUUCACCAGGAAGCGAAAGGCCGUCAAUUUCGACGCGGUGCCUUCCAGAAACAAUUCCAAGACAACCGUCGGAAAAAAUUCGGGCUCGAUGCAGGCCCAAGGAGGCUUGGAGGAUCAGCCCAACAAAUCAUCAAAGCACGUUCACAAGUUCACUUACAGUCGCGUCCACACAACAUCUACCCAGAUUCAACAGGAGGAAUCCACAGGCCCCGCACGCCUUGCCAUCACUGAGCGGCGGACUAGUCCGAAGGGCCUUGUUUCUGCUAGCAGUGGAAAUCAUCCAGCUAGCAAGCCUAACACCCGCAGUCGUGGCAGACGCCGUUCACGAGGCGAACGCUACGAUGCUCGUUUCAGUCAGGAAGACUGA